AUGCCGCUGCUGGAGGAUGUGACCCUGGAGAACAUCAGCUGGGCUGCUGAGGAAGCCCAGGGCAAUGAGUCCUCAGAGCAUGCCUUCUUCUCUCUGGAUUAUCAGCACGUCCAAGUCCCCUUUGAAAUCACACUCUGGAUCAUGCUUGCAUCCUUGGCCAAAAUAGCAUUUCACCUGUAUAACAAGCUGCCUUCUGUCGUGCCCGAGAGCUGUUUAUUGAUAUUUGUAGGACUCAUCAUGGGGGGAAUCAUCUAUGGCUUAAACGACAGGUCACCACCCGUUAUGGACAGCGACAUCUUCUUCCUCUACCUCCUGCCCCCCAUCGUCCUCGACGCAGGUUACUUCAUGCCCAGCCGUCCCUUUUUUGAGAACAUGGGCACCAUCCUCCUCUACGCCGUCGUGGGGACCAUCUGGAACGUGUUUGGGAUUGGCUUUUCCCUCUAUGGCAUCUGCCAGGUGAAAGCCUUUCGGCUGCAGGACGUCUCCUUGCUCCACAACCUGCUCUUCGGCAGCCUGAUCGCCGCCGUGGACCCCGUGGCGGUGUUGGCGGUCUUUGAGGAGAUCCAUGUCAAUGAAAAGCUUCACAUCCUGGUCUUUGGAGAGUCCCUCCUCAACGACGCCGUCACGGUGGUGCUCUACAAGCUCUUUCGAUCCUUCUGUGAAAUGCCAACCAUCAAAAGCACGGACAUCUUUGCUGGAGUUGGGAAGUUCUUUGUGGUUGGGCUAGGAGGAGUUUUGGUGGGUCUUACUUUUGGGAUGACCGCCGCCUUCACCACGCGAUUCACCAAGGACAUCCGUGUCAUCGAGCCCCUCUUUGUCUUCCUCUACAGCUACCUCUCCUACCUCACUGCUGAGAUGUUCCACCUUUCGGGGAUCGUGGC